UCUCAAGCGAUCCCCGCCAUCGCCCGCCUCACCCCCCCCCCGCUUGCCAUUGUCCUCGUCCGUUCAACGAUCAUGACUGUCCUCCAAGACUCACUGGCCGCCCGCUGGGAUGCUCACAAGCUGGUCAUCAAGAAGAAUUCGGCCAUUUCUCUGCAGGAGCUGUUUGUCGCCAAGGACGCUCAGAUCCUCUACGUCGCUUCCGGUACCGGCGUUCCCGCUGGCUCUGAUCUGCUUCCGUUCUUCAAGAAGCUGGCGGCGCAGAGCAUUGCCAUCCGCGAGGAGCAGGUGAUCUCGACCACCAUCGCAUCGAACCAGAUUGUCGAGGAGAGCAUCUUGACCGUCGUCCACGAGGAGCCCAUCGACUGGCUCCUGCCCAAUGUCAAGCCCACCAACCGCAGAAUCGUUGUUCCGACGGUAACCAUCGCUGGCUUCAACUCCGAGGGCCUUAUCGAGUCCAAGCGAGUCUACUGGGACCAGGCAUCGGUCCUGCGCCAGAUCAGCAUCCUGCCGGACUCGCUCUUCUGCCGUGCCAAUUCUUCCGAGACCAAGCUCCCGAUCCUCGGUGUCCAGAUCCAGGACCGUGUGCUUGAGGCCCAGAAGUACGCCUCGACCGCUGCCACCGAUGUCUCUGCCACUCUCCCGAUCGCCCCUGCUCGCGAGGCUGCCGCUGUCGAUGUCGUCGCUGAGGGGCUGGCUCGUGUGGCCAGACCCAGCCAGGCUUCGACGAUCUUCUCGUCGGAUCCUGCCCCGGCUGUGCGCACCUCGAUCUCCAUCGACCCUCGCCGCUUCCAGUCUCAAGUCACCUUUGGCGGCCCAGAGGCUCCCGAGAGCUUGCCGACCGUCCCUGCCACCACAAACUCCAAGCUGCAGGAUCCGUCAUUCAACCUUCCCCGUGCCCGCCCCUCUUCCCGCGUGCUGGGUGUUCCUGGAGGACCCACCUCGGGCAUCUUUUCCCCCGACUCCGAGGCUGCCCCGGCCCACCCGGUCGGUCGUCGUGAUCCCAACGCCUUAUCUCUUGAUGCCGCUCCGGCUGUGGCUCCCCGUGUGAAUCGCUCGCGCUACACCGGACGCACCAACCAGUCGCAGUUUACCUUUGGAGACGACUCUACCCCUGUUGCUGCCGAGCCCGCCCACCAACCUGCUCAUGGCAACUUCCGCGACCGUAACGCCCAGACGUCGCAGGCCAACACUCGUCCUUCCAGUCGGAUUAUGGCUGCUCCCGGCGGCGCAAGCAGCAUCCACUUUGGCUAAAGUGAUGCGUCUUGACUGCCGAAGGCUCGCUGUCACAGCCAGUGGAUGGCAAUACAUCGUCUGAGUGUGUCCCGAAACGACACACGCUGUAUUGAUGGCCGUUGGUUCUCGUUUUCUGAACCUUCAAUACACACACGUUAUCCCCACCCCACUGACG